UCUUGAUUCAUUUUCUUAUCAAAGCUUUUUUUCAAGACAAAAUGUAUUAAUUUUACUCUCUUAGCAUGUCUUUAGUAUUUACGAAGUUGAUCAGAAUCCUCUUGACAUACGAGGACCCUGCGUCUCCAUGCGCCUUUUCUUUGAACUCACCGUUCCUAACAUUUAACGCCAUUUAAAUGUUUUGAGACUAGGGCUGCGAGGAUGUGGACGCUACCGAGGACCCGGUUCGCGCACUGUAACGGCUCGUCGAGCAGCGACGACAAAGAAAUCGCCGUAAACAUCGGCGGCGUGCGGCUGGUGCUGUGCGGAGACAUUCUGAACCGCUAUCCGGACAGCAGGCUCGCCGAACUAGUGAACUGCUCAACUCGGAGUUUUGAUGUCAUUUCCUCGCUCUGCGAUGAUUACGACCCUGGAAAACGAGAGUUCUACUUCGACAGAGAUCCCGACUCGUUUAAAUGCAUCGUGGAAGUGUACUACUUUGGAGAGAUCCAUAUGAAGCGCGGAAUCUGCCCUAUUUGUUUUAUCAAAGAGAUGGAGUUUUGGAAGAUCGACUUGAGCUACUUGGACGAAUGCUGCAAGAGUAACUUGACUGAGAAGGAGGAAGAGUUGGCAGAGAUUGCAGACAAGGUGAAACUGAUCCUGGAUGAUCUGGACUGUGACCCUAACGUGAGCCGCACUGAAAGGUGGCAGAAGUUCCUCUGGAAGUUCAUGGAGAAACCAGAGUCCUCGCUCCCAGCACGCGUAAUUGCCGUUGUGUCCUUCCUUUUCAUCCUAGUGUCAUCUGUGGUGAUGUGUCUCGGGACCAUACCGGACCUCCAGGUGGAGGACUCCGAGGGGAAUCGCGUUGAGCACCCGAGCCUGGAUGCUAUCGAGACGGCGUGCAUCGGCUGGUUCACAGUAGAGUACGUGCUGCGCCUCGCAUCGUCCCCAAACAAGGUGCGCUUCACGCUCUCCUUCAUGAACAUGAUAGACUUCUUGGCCAUCCUGCCGUUCUACGUGGUGCUGGUUCUCACGUACCUCGGCACGGCCAUGAUGGAGCUGGCCAACGUGCAGCAGGCGGUGCAGGCGCUCCGCAUCAUGCGCAUUGCGCGGAUCUUCAAGCUAGCGCGCCAUUCUUCUGGCCUGCAGACGCUCACGUACGCGCUCAAACGGAGCUUCAAGGAGCUGGGGCUGCUCCUCAUGUACAUGGGAGUGGGCAUCUUCGUGUUCUCCGCGCUCGGGUACACCAUGGAGCAGAGCCACCCGGAGACACUGUUCAGAAGCAUCCCGCAGUCCUUCUGGUGGGCCAUCAUCACCAUGACCACCGUCGGCUAUGGGGACAUCUACCCAAAAACCACCCUAGGCCGGUGCAACGCGGCCAUCAGCUUCCUGUGCGGGGUGAUCGCCAUAGCGCUGCCCAUCCACCCUAUCAUCAACAAUUUUGUCAUCUAUUACAACAAGCAGAAGGUGCUAGAAACCGCCGCCAAGCACGAACUGGAACUCAUGGAGCUGCGCGAGCUCGAGCUCGCGGUGAGAAGCUCCUCACGCCGGUCUGACGCGCCCGGGAACGCGUGGGAAGGUGCCUUGCGCGCGUCGCGUAGCGAUACAUACAUCCCGCUCCUUUCGGGAGCGCACAGAACUGAGAGGGAGCCCGUGAAGAAGAAAAGCCUGACUUAGGCCAAAAGUGAAAGAAACUUGCAAAGCACUUUAAGUUUCACGAGAGCUAGUGUUAUUUUGGUCAU